AAGGAAAGAAGGUAUAUUGUUUUUUUGGAAAAGUGGAAAAGCGGAGUGUAGUUUCUGUUGACUAUUUUAACAAAGUUCCGAGUAAAUUGGUUUACUACUCUCAAGCAACAACGAGAAGCAAAGAUGGCCCCACCACAAAGAAUGCGAGUCGCCAACGAAAAAGCCAGCAAGUAUAUAACUAUGCGUGGCAACGUACCAAAGUCAUCGAAGACAAAAGAAAAUCAGUAUCCUGUUGGACCCUGGCUUUUGGCACUGUUCAUUUUUGUUGUGUGUGGUUCGGCAAUUUUCCAAAUUAUUCAAUCAAUUCGUGCUGCGUAAACAAGAACACAAUUGGAAGCAUUUAACUUUGGAUUAAUUGACAAAAUAUCAUAAAUCCAUUAUGAAAUAUCCCCAAAACAACAAUAUCACAGACAUCUACGCUAAAGGAAAACAAAUAUCUUAACAAAAUCUUCUACCAAAUGUUUUCGAAAGAAUUUUGGGCAAUAAAAAGUACGCGUAAGCAAGCUAUUUAUGUAAUUUAGUAGGCGGAUUACUUUACUUUAAUUUCUUCUGAAAAAACCCUAUAAAAAACGUUGCAUCAAAUAUUUAAUGUUUUUAUAUAUUGGAUAGCUUAACGUGUUGCAUUGUAUUGUUUCCGCGUUAAAAACAUUCCUUUUUUGGAAAUAAAAUUGUGUAAUCAUUUGCUCUGCGUUCGUUUAAUUUAAUGUUCGAGUGGAAUUCAUAUAACCCGUUAUUGUCUUUGCCGUUUCCGCGUUGAACUAAUUUCCGUUUCCGUUCAUUUAAACUAAGUAAUAGGUAAUCUUAGUACAAUGUAAAUUCAAGAUUUAUUAUACUUUUUUGUAUAAAGAUAUGAAUACACAUGCAUAUAUAAUGUAACUUUAUACUAUAAAUAUGUAUAUUAAUUUUUUACUCAAUAAAUAAUUGAAAAUAAAA